UCAUGUGUCAAUUUUCUAUUAUUUGUUUACGUUUUCAUUCAUAAAGUAUCUUCUGUAAAAUGCUGAAAAAUUGGGAAAAUUGGUGUCGGUUAUGUGCGAAUAUUGACUCAGAUGAUGUAGAUUUAGGAUGUAAAAAGGAAUCAAUCGACGAUCAGCUGGAAAUAGUAAAUAAACACUUAAUGCUUUCUCUCUUGCCCUUCGGUGGAUGCAAAUUGGGCAUUUGCAGUGAUUGCAGGAGUUUCGUAGAAAAGCUGGAUGAUUUCAAAGAUCGAUGCUUGAGGGCAGAUAAAAUGUUUGAGGAGUUGCGGAAGGAUAAUGCAAAUGAUCUUGCAUUGAUUCGCUGCAAGCAUGGCUUUGAUAUCGAUGGAAUACCCAAAGUUCAGAAAGAAGAAUCUCUCGGAGAAGAAAAUCUCUUUAAUCCUGUCUGCUCUGAUCCACUGGAGUCAAAAUUUGAGAUUGCAGUUGAGAAGAUGGAAGUCUGCGUUGUCAAGAAACGCGGUCGGCCUAGGAAAAUCAAGAGGAACACAGACAAGAGAACUGCAGUGCAGUCAGAAGUAAAAAAGGAGUUAGUGGAGGCACUGGGAGAUGUGUGUUCAGCUGUGAAGAAGCGCCGAAGAGCCAAGCAGAAGAAGGAGAACAUUUGCGACUUUUGUUCAAGGAAGUUCCUUUCCCCGUGUUUGCUGAGGGAUCACAUCUGGUCGAAACACCGCCAGGAGGAGAGACCCUACGUUUGCUCUGAAUGCGGGAAGCGUUUCACAACGAAGGGAAACUUACAAUCUCAUAUGACCAUCCAUAUGCCCGAUGAGAUGCGACUCAUUUUCCCUUGUCCGUACUGCGAGAAGAAAUUCAGCCAGAAGAUUUGCGUGGAGGGUCACAUUACUGCCUGUCACGAUCGUGAUAACGCGUUCAUUUGCGAGGAGUGUGGCAAAUCAUGCAACACUAAAGGGGCGCUGGGACAGCACAUGGAGACACACAUCAAAGAGUACAACUUCCAAUGCCAGAUCUGCUCGAAGAAAUUCAAGACGCGACUGCAGGUCAAGAGACACGAAGUGUGCCACAGCGCUGAGGUGUUUUUGUGUGGAGAGUGUGGCCUGAAGUUGAAGAGCAAGAAAACUCUGAGGAUGCACAAGUUGGUGCACUUGGACGUGAAGAAGUUUAAAUGCAACUAUUGUGGUAAUGAAUUCAAGCGCUCCAAAACCUUAAAAAAUCAUCUCUUGCUGCACUCAGGACUACGACCGUAUGAGUGUCAGUUCUGUGAUAAAACCUUCACAUUUGGUUCAAGUUUCCGGGUGCACCAGAAGAAAGUUCAUCCGGCGGAAUUGGCGGCUCUGGAGGCUUCCGGAGAAGCUGCUAAAAUAACUAAAUUGCCACGACUGGAGCAACUGCAACCCAAGCAUCCAAUGAUGGUCAAUACAUCAGCUGUAUGAAAUAAACUGAUCUUUGAGAUCCGUUAUUUUUCAAAAGUAAAACGAAACCGUUCAUUUACAAAACACCCGAAAUGUAGAAAAAUUCUGAAGUGUCAA